GGUUACCACUAUAACUGAGCAGCUGGAGACAGAAAAAGAAACGAGCUCGGCUGCGGUUCUGAAGCGACUGGCUGAACUAGAGGAGCAGGUGAUCCAGUCCAACAAAUCACUGCAGUGGAUCAUGGACGCUCUGAUGUCUCAGGGAGCUUCUGCAGGAGAAGCACAACGACAGACUGCAGCUGUGGCGGAUGAAUCUGCCGUCUCUUUAAAGAACGCGUUAGAAAAAGAAAGCAGCUUCCACGUCAGGUCCCGUCAGUUUCACUACCCAAACUGCAAAAUCACACGCUUUGCUGUGCCUGAGGAGAAAGUUCCCUGGGAG